AUGGCCGCGCUCCUCCUCCUCUGUGGCCUUCCAGGCGCCGGCAAGUCGACGUUCGCCCGCGCCAUCGCAGACGCCGCUUCGAGAACGUAUGAGGUACGCUGCAUCAGCUUUGACGAUGUCUUCGCGGCGCACUUCGCGGCGGACGGCGGCUCGUUUGCGCCGCAGCAAUGGAAAGCGGCGGUUGCUGCCAUCUACACCGAGGUAGAGAGUGCGCUUGCAGCAGCCUCGACGAGUGGCAAGACCCAUAUACUGCUCUUGGAUGACAACAUGUACUACCGCAGCAUGCGCAAAAAGUCUUGCAGCUGUGUCGACAGCCCCGACCUUUGCCGCGCCCGCAAUGCCGCACGGCAGUCGCCGGUUCCGGACGUAGUCUUUCGCCGAAUGCACGCUCUCUUCGAGCCACCAAGUCCAAGCAUGCAUCCGUGGGAAGCCCGAUCGAUCGUCGUCGACUUGAGCUCCGCCGACGCGAUGCCAGCUGCACUUCACGCUGCGCUCGCGAUGAUCGCGGAGGCGGUGGCGACACCUGAAGUCGACACAACCCAAGAAAUCGUCCUUGAAAAGGAACGCAGCCGGGCGGCGACCCUCGCCAGCGUGCUUCACCGAGCGGACCUCGUCUUGCGCCAGCUCGUGGGACAGAUCCUUCGGGAUGCCAAGGAAUCAAACAAAGCGUCCCUCCCGGCGCUUGCCAAGCACCUCUCGGCAGUCAAAGAGGCAGUGCUCCGAGAGUAUGCGCGCGAUACACGCGACAACGACGAUGACAUUGUCGAUGGCCUCGUGGCGGCCUUUCUGCGGCAGUACGAUGCGCUCGCAGAUGUCACGCCCUCGACGUCCACGACAGAGCUUACGCAGCUGGUCGAGCUAGCGUCCGGGCUCACGCACGAGGUGCUGCGCUUUCGCCUGACGCUGGUGGAUGGCACAUCCGUCGACUUGCGCACGGGCCGAUCCGCCACGAUGGCUACCCUCCUGCGCAUGAUGCAACGGGAAAUCGCAACGACGACGCGGUCGCUUUCGUGGAGGAGCGUGCUGAAAGCCUAUGAGCUACGCUGCAAUGGCGCGCCGCUGCGCGCACCCACCAAGCAAGCCGCGCUCUCCAUGUACCCUAUGCGGCGACGCGAGAAGCGAUAA